AUGCCGCUGCCCCGCCGCGCCCUUAUCGCGGUAACCUCCGCCAAAGCCGACCUCUUCGAAGGCGGUGGUCAUCAAACCGGCGUCUUCAUCGGCGAAGCUGAGCAUCCCUUCAAUGUCUUCACCAAGGCCGGCUUCGAAGUAGAUCUCGCUUCUGAGACUGGCGAGUGGGUUGCAGACUGGCUGAGUCUACAACCUGGUUUCUUGACCGAGGAGGAAAGGAAGCAGUAUGAUGAUAAGGGGAGUGAGUUUAGGAAGAAGUUAGAUAACCUGAACAAGGCAGCUGACUUGGAUGGGUCGAACUACGGAAUCUUCUUCGCAUCAGCUGGGCAUGCCGCAUUGAAGGACUACCCCCAUGCGAAGGGCUUGAAGAGGCUUGCUAUGACCGUAUGGGACAACGGGGGGGUUGUAUCCACGGUCUGCCAUGGCCCGGCCAUCUUCCCCGGCAUCAACGAUGGAAAAACUGGAGAAUCCAUCAUCAAAGGGAAGACCAUCACGGGUUUCACGAGCGAGGCCGAGGAUGAUAUGAAGGUCACGGAUGUGCUGAGGUCGUGGGGUGAACCAUUUAUUGAGGAGCAUGCGAAAGCACUGGGGGCGACAUAUGUCCGUCCUAAAGGAGUGUGGGAUGGAUUCCAUAUUACUGACGGCCAGGUAGUGACAGGGACGAAUCCAGCGAGCGCAAGAGAGACAGCCGAGGCUGCUCUGAAGGUCUUUGAGACAUUGUAG